UUUGCGAGCGCUUUCAUCAACAUCAGAGAGGCUCCUCUGCAAUUUCGAAGGCGACGCAAUUUGCGGUGAAUUCCCAAUUCGCCCCCAAAGGCCGCGCUCAGCCCCGAACUGGUCCCUUCUGACGCUUUUGUCUACCUGAACAAAAACAUUCCUAUUUUUUUGAUAUCAAGUAUAUCACUUUCGCGUUUCUUCAGCAGCGUUUAUUUUUUUGAAAGUCUAAUCAAGCAUCUUCUUCACUUCUAAGUAGACUUAUGAUGCUGUCACUUGCUCUCACGAACUUGGUCAAACCAUUACACGGAAAACGCUUGCUCACAUCGCGCCCCAUGUCGUACUGUACUGAAUCGCCAUCGGUCACCAACACUGCGAAGUCAACGGUUCCAAAUGCCAAGCUACUGAGCGGCCUAGAAAUGCCCGUCCUCGGGCUUGGGACUUGGAAGUCGAGCCCCGGUCUUGUAAAAGAUUCUGUGAAGGCAGCAUUGCGCGCCGGAUACCGACACAUUGAUUGCGCCUCAAUCUAUCAAAACGAAAAACAAGUCGGGGAGGGCCUCAGAGAAGGCAUGCAAGAACUGGGACUUUCCCGUUCAGACAUCUGGAUAACCGGGAAACUCUGGAACACCUUUCAUCGUCCAGAUCUUGUCCGCCAAGCUUGCGAACAAUCACUUCAGGACCUAGGACUCAAAUACCUAGACCUGUAUUUGAUGCACUGGCCUGUAGAUCAAAUUCCUCCAGACGGCCCCAAAAUCGCCGGGGACCCCUCGGUCGAAGAAACGCCCAUUUGGGAAACGUACGAGGCUAUGAACGAUCUGCACAAGGAAGGGCUUGUCAAGGCGAUAGGUGUCAGUAACUUCAGCGUCAAGGAGAUUGAAGACCUCAUCCAGGAUACCGGCCUCAUUCCCGAAGUCAACCAAGUGGAAAUUCACCCCUAUUUACCGCAACAUGCCUUGGUAGAUUUCUGCCAUUCAAAAGGCAUCCAAGUUACCGCGUACAGCCCCUUAGCAACCGCCUCGAAACCAAAACAGAGCCAAUACCCCCCUUUGCUAGAACAUGAACUCGUUCAAGAACUCGCCAAAAAAUACGCCCGCACAUCAGCUCAAAUCGUCCUCAGAUGGUCCGUUCAAAGAAACCUCGUUGUCAUUCCCAAAUCCGUGAACGAAAACAGAAUACAGGAAAAUUACAACAUAUGGGAUUUCAGCCUCUCAGACGAGGAUAUGACGAAGCUGAGCAACAUGAACAUCAAAAUGCGAUUUGUGAAACCCUCUUUUCACGUUUUCAAAGAAGAAGAAUAG